GUUUUUGCAGUGUAACGAUCGUGCGUGGAGUACUUGCAUGACAUUCCUUACAAAGUUCGGAGUUAAAGUUUCCCUUUUGAGAAGCCGGUUUUCUAAGCCCUAAAAUGUCUGGUGCUCUGUUUGGGAGCGCUGCUGCUGGGAGCCGCUCAAGUGGCAAGAAUUUAGUGGAGUUUCGUGCUGGAAAAAUGCAGUUGAAAGGCACAACAGUGACUCCGGACAAGCGAAAGGGGCUCUUGUACGUGCACCAAUCCGACGACUCGUUGAUGCAUUUCUGUUGGAAGGACCGAGGUUCAGGCGUCGUUGAGGAUGACCUGAUCAUCUUUCCUGACGACUGCGAAUUCAAAUCUGUCCCACAAUGCACUACAGGGCGUGUCUACAUCCUCAAGUUCAAGUCCUCCUCUAGGAAGUUCUUCUUUUGGAUGCAGGAACCUAAGAAAGACAAAGAUGAUGAGCACUGCAAGAAAGUGAAUGAGAUGUUGAACAACCCCCCAGCCCCAGGUUCUAGUGGGGGAGGGGGACGAUCAGGUGCCGGGGGCCUGCCCCCAGAGUUGGCAGGACUAGGAGCUUCCCUAGGUGAGGGUGGUUUACAGAAUGUCCUUGGCAACAUGGACCAACAACAAUUGAUGCAGCUACUGAACAGCGGCAGCUUAGGUGGCAUGGGAGGUAUGGGUGGACUUGGAGGUCUUGGUGGCUUGAUUGGAGCUGGCCGUCCAUCUAGCUCCCAAUCGUCAUCAUCUGCUGCGCCAUCUCGUGCACAGUCUACCCCAGCUGUCCAUGCCCAGGAAACCACGUCCAACAGUAGCCAGCCUCGCCCAGCAACCACCACUACCCAACCACAAGCCAGCACCACCAGCACUGUGACCCCUUCAACUACUACUGCUUCUACGACGGCAACGCAGCAAAAUCCGGCCAUUCAACUGAGUGAUUUGCAGAGUAUUCUCAGCACCAUGAAUAUUCCAAAUCCUUCUGGGGCAGCCAAGGCAGAGGCACCAGCCCAACAACCUGCAGUAGACUUGAGCAAGGUCUUGACCUCUGAGGCCAUGGCACCAAUCCUGGCCAAGCCUGAGUUACAGCAGAAGUUGAUUCCAUUCUUGCCUGAGGGAGAGUCCCUGCCCAAGGACCCGGAGCAGUUGCGACUUACUCUGCAGUCUCCUCAGUUCAAACAGGCCCUGAACAUGUUUACUGUCGCCUUCCAGUCUGGUCAGCUGGGACCAUUGAUGGGACAGUUUGGGUUGGGUCCAGAGGCCACCGAGGCAGCCAACAAGGGGGACUUGGAGGCAUUUGGUGAAGCUCUCCAGAAAAUGACAGGAGGAGACAAAGCCAAGAAAGAGGAUAAACCAGGAGAUGAUGAAGAAGGAAUGCACCUUGACUAACAACAUCCCAAGAAUUGUCUCCAGAACCGUCCUCAUCUUAGACUUCUUCAAAAUAUGCAUAAGACACAAUAUUAUAUUCACAGCGGUAGAAUUUAAAACUUUAAUAGUCGUGCAUUGGUUACAAAUGGAGCACCAAGAGUUCUAUGGAUCCACUGUGUAAUACAGAGAACUUUGAAAAAUAUUUUAACAGAGUUACAGAAGGAAAAAUGUGAGUUAAUAAGCUUACACAAAGUUAAAUUGCUUUGGCCUUUUUUUCACUUCAACUUUUUUUCGAAAUCUUCCGGUGAAUUAUGCAUGUUGUUUCUUUUAACAGCAAAAGUUAUGCUUUGACAAAUUGUUUCAUAUUUUUGCUUGGUGUUACUACAGAAAUAGCAAUAUGAUUUUGUCAGUGGGCAAGUUUAGAAACAAACUUUGGAAAUAAAUACUGUUUUAACCCUUACAGAGCUGGGAUUGCUAAACCA